AGAAGGAAGUGUCAGUUGCGCUCCCGAAGAUAUUUGUAAACAGUCGUGCAAUUAACAAUUGCAAAGCAACGGCGACCUCCUACGCCACGACACUUGUUAAAUCCCUCCACGUGUAACACCUCCAAAUUGCUUGCUGUCCUCCGAGAAGAUCACUCGUUUUUCACUCGCUCCUCCCUUCUUCUACUGUAGAGAGAGAAACACCAACAAAACUCACAAGAGAAGAGAUUUUGGAAGGGUUUAGAGAGAGAUGAAGAUACAGUGCAACGUUUGCGAGGCGGCGGAGGCCAACGUCCUCUGCUGCGCUGACGAGGCGGCGCUGUGCUGGGCGUGCGACGAGAAGGUUCACAAAGCGAACAAGCUCGCGAGCAAACACCAGAGGGUUCCUCUGUGCUCCUCCCACAUGCCCAAGUGCGAUAUCUGCCAGGAGGCAGUUGGGUACUUUUUCUGCUUAGAAGAUCGAGCUUUGCUGUGUAGAAAAUGUGAUGUAUCUGUUCACACGGCUAAUAGCUUCGUGUCGGCUCACCGGAGGUUCUUGCUGACCGGAAUCAAAGUUGGGCCGGAGCCAGCUGAGCCGGAUUCCGGCGAAGGUGAUGGGGUUUGUGUUGGGGCGUCUUCUUCUACUAUGAAGUUGCAUUCUGGGUCUGCCUCUGUGUCUAGAUAUGAAACUCAUAACCCGUUGCAUGUGGAGUGCAAGGCGGCCGCGCCGCCCGGUGGAGGGAUAUCGUUUACCGGUGGUUCUGCAGCUGGGAGUGUUCCACAAUGUUAUAUAGAUGAGUUUCUUGGAUUCUCUGAUCUUGAUCAGAGCUUUGACUACAUUGAUAAUGGAUCUUCAAAGGCUGACUGCAGUAAACUCGGAGGGUAUGACUCGCCAGUUUUAAGAUCAUCUGAGGAGGAAUUGGUAGACUACGAGUGCAUAGGUGAGGUGCCAGAGACCUCAUGGAUGGUGCCACAGGUACCUUCCCCACCUACAGCAUCGGGACUGUACUGGCCCAAAAGUUUUCAGAAUCCGUCCGAUUCUUCUACAAUGUUUGUUCCAGACAUUUGCCACUCACAAAUGCAAAACCCUCUUCGUUCCCAACAUAAUGGUACUAUCUCAAAACGUCGUAGGCAAUUCUAGUUCCUGCUACAAAAAUUACCAUAUGCUGGGUUUGUUUGUUGUGUUUAUAAUGUAGUAUUUUUGUGUACCGUUCUUUCUCUGCUUGUACUUUUGUGUACCGUUCCCAACAUAAUGUCUUACUUACCACUUCCCAUCAUCUCUUGUAAUGUUUGUAAACAUCAAUCUGCAAAAUAAAAAUAAACAAGUUGUAUUCGGUUAUUGCAUAUA